AUGAUUUGGCCUUCUAAUUUACCGGUGAUUGCAUUCUUACGUACAAUUCAUGAAGAAGAACAAUCAACAAGUGUUCGAUGGCUAAAAUUGUCUCGUAUGAAAUUUCUUUUAUUGGCCACCAUUUUUCAAGCGUUCUAUUAUUGGCUCCCUGGUUAUAUUAUACCUGUAUUAGCGGCAUUUUCUUGGAUGUGCAUGAUUAAUCCAAAGAAUAUUAUUCUUGCUCAACUAACUGGUUAUAAUGGACUUGGCAUGGGUUCAUUGGUAUUCGAUUGGAAUAGACUUACACAAGAUAUUGGUUCACCGAUUUUAGUUCCACGCUGGGCUCUAAUAAACGUUCUUGUUGGAUUUGUUUGCUUUAUUUGGAUUCUUCUUCCUAUUACUUAUUUUGCAGAUUUGUUUAAUUUUAAAAGGGUGCCAAUCGGGAUUACUUGGUGGUACUAUACGACAGAUGGAAAUUUUUUGACAGACAAUGUUAGCCAAUUUUCUAAUAGGACAUAUAUGGAAACGCAAAAACCAGUUAUUCUCGGUUGUGCACCAGCAAUAACAGAAUACCUUACGCUGAUGGCAUUAACUUCGCUUGCUGUUCACACAGUGCUAUAUCACGGAAAAGAUAUAAUUCAAUAUCUUCAAACAUCAUUAGAAAAACGUGAAAAUGAUAUACAUUGUACAUUGAUGGCAAGAUAUCCUGAGGCACCUGAACGGUGGCACAUUGUUGUAUUUUUGGUUGCAUUUAUCUUAGCUAUUAUUGCUUGUAAAUUUGGACAUUUCAUGCCGUGGUAUUAUUUAUUUAUGGCUGUUCCAUUGGUGUUUAUAUGUGUAUUACCCGUUGGUAUUGUGGAAGCAAUAACAACCAUAGAGAUUCUUCCAUUUUUUGUUGCAAGAACGAUAGCGGCGGAAAUUUUUGUAGGCGACGCAAUUGGUCUAAUAUCAUUUAUGGUUUAUGCUUAUGAAAUGUGA